GCCAGUCCACCAGCAUGUACCUGCACCUCCUCAUCCUCCUCCAACUCCUUUCCUCUGCUGGAGCCUCUGAGAGUGGUAUUGUGGGUGGUAAGAUGGCUAAGCCCCACUCAAGGCCCUAUAUGGUCUCUCUGCAACACAGAGGACACCAUGUUUGUGGAGGAAUGCUGAUCCGGGAGGACUUUGUCCUGACUUCAGCACACUGCUUAAGGAGAGAAUAUCCUUUAACGGUGGUUCUUGGAGCUCACAACCUAACCAAAGAAGAGAAGAAGAGUCGGCAAGAGAGGAAAGUGUCACAUUACCAUCGGCAUCCCUUACAUGAGAAUAUAACGCAGUUAAGUUACGACAUCAUGCUACUGAAGUUACAUACCAACGCCGUUCUGAACGAGUAUGUGAAGGUCAUUGGACUACCCAAUAAAGAUAAACGUAUCCCAGCCAGAACCAAGUGCUCUGUCACUGGCUGGGGCAAGACUUCACCAGAUAAAACAUCUGGUGUUGCAGAUGUAUUGAUGGAAGUUGAAGUCACAAUGCAGUUCAACUUUGAAUGCGUAAAGAAGUGGAAAGAUGACUUUAUAAGUAGCCAAAUGAUAUGCACUGAUGACGGACAGAAAGGCUUUUGUCAGGGAGAUUCAGGUGGACCUGUUAUUUGCAAGAACAAGAACGUGGCACAUGGUAUUGUUGCUUCUUUUAAGUAA